AUGAAAGCUAGUAUCGCCCUCUCCACCGCGCUCGCAACCACUGCAUCCGCCGCCCGACAAUCUUUCAAAUCCCUCAGCUCGUCCGAUCAAACCGCGUUGGAGCAACAACUGGACAAAUGGAAGGAGUUGUACGGCUCCAUUGCCCGAGCCAACGGCUUCUUCCCCCGAACCAAUAGGGAAUCCGCCCAAGUCAAUGGCCAUUCGAUCGAUGAACUCGAGCGCUUCCACCACACUGUCCAAGAGGUUAAGCGCGCUACCAGAACCAAUCCGAAGGCCGAGUUCAGUCCAUUCAACCAGUUUGCUCUCAUGACCGACGAAGAGUUCAAGGGCAUGUUGAUGAAGUCGUUCGCAGGACAAAAUGUCACCAACGCCGCGCCCUUGCUCGAGUUGGCAAAUGAGCGCGCUUCUGAAGCGGACUGGUCGACAUCCAAGUGCAACUCCCCUGUUCCCAACCAAGGCCAGUGUGGGUCGUGCUGGGCCUUCGCCACUAUCGGGGUGGUGGAGACUGCCCACUGCAUUGCCACUGGUGAACUCUUGGACUUGUCUGAGCAACAAUUGGUCAGCUGCUCCACCAAUGGAGGCAACAACGGCUGCAAUGGCGGGAACCCUCCCGAAGCCCUUGGUUGGGUGCAACAAGGCGUAUGCACCGAAGAGUCUUACCCGUACACGUCGGGUAAAGGCGGUCAAACCGGUACCUGCGAAAACAGCUGCACCAAGAAGAAACUGAGCAUUGGUAAAACCAAGUAUACGUCUGGCGAGGGUUCUCUCAUGACAGUUCUGGAAAGCCAGCCCGUCACCGUGGUCGUCCAAUCUGCCAACGAAGUGUGGCGCAACUACAAGAGUGGCAUCGUGUCGCAGUGUCCUGGGGCUCAAUCCGAUCAUGCUGUGAUUGCCGUCGGUUACAACGACGAUUACUUCAAGAUCAAGAACUCGUGGGGGACAGAAUGGGGCGACAAAGGGUACAUAUACUUGAAGCGAGGGGUGACUGAAAAGGGAACAUGCAAUGUGGCCCAAAGGAUCGCAUACCCUGAAUUGUCCGGUUCGACUCCUUCAUCUAACACAACGCCUUCAUCCAGCCAACUGCCUACUGAAUCAACCCGCAAACCUUCUUCGUCUGCCCCGAAGUCGACCCGCAAACCUUCUUCGCCCCCCCCCAAGAACACAACUGACUCGGCUAUGACGCCUUCGUCCAGCAAACCCUCUUAUCCCACUCGCAAACCAUCCUCUUCUUCGCCCCCCCCCAAGAACUCAACUGACUCGGCUAUGACGCCUUCCCAACUGCCUACUGAAUCAACCCGCAAACCUUCUUCGUCUGCCCCGAAGUCGACCCGCAAACCUUCUUCGCCCCCCCCCAAGAACUCAACUGACUCGGCUAUGACGCCUUCGUCCAGCAAACCCUCUUAUCCCACUCGCAAACCAUCCUCUUCUUCGCCCCCCCCCAAGAACUCAACUGACUCGGCUAUGACGCCUUCGUCCAGCAAACCCUCUUAUCCCUCUCGCAAACCAUCCUCUUCUUCGCCCCCCCCCAAUAACUCAACUCAAUGCACCAACCGCCCUACCCCGACCAUUGAGCCUAAACCCACGGGACCUUCCCCGUCAUACACCCCUUCCCCCACGACUGAGCCUUCUUCGACAUAUGCCCCAACUCCGUCUGGUAACGGUGUCAAGGACCAACUGAUUGCCCAAACCAACAAAAUUCGUGCGGCCCACGGUAUCGACCCGGUGACUUGGAACUAUGAGCUGGAGCCCAAAAUGCGGGCUUGGGCCGAAGAUUGUCAUGGCUUCAAGCACGGGGGUCCCGCUGGCUGGCAAAACUUGGCCACCUACACCACGUGCGAAUCGAGUGGCAAGGACUGCACGAAGGUGGUGGGGGCAUCGUGGUUGUGGUACGACCAAGAAGAAACGUUCUGGAACUACGGCAGCAACUCGUGCAACGGGGGCUGGGCCAAGUGCGGCCACUUCUCCAACAUGAUGAGCCCCGAAGUCACGUCCAUGGCGUGCGGGUGGUCCGAAUGCGCCAACGGCAACUACGUCUGGUGCAACUACGACACCCCCGUGAAGAACCCCAAGGUGGGCGAAAUCAUCGGCAUGACCAAAGCCGAGCUCAAGGCCAGCUUGACCGCCUAA